CAGCUGUCGAAAGGCUCAAUCUACUAGAGCUGGCUAGUGAUGUGCGUGCAAAAUUUCUAAACAUUUAUUGUGCGGUGAAAUCCAAAAUAUCUCGCGAACUAGCAAAACUCCGCCGAGUGUCAGUGAUAAAUUCGACUGCACUCCCAAAUUUCAACAUCGAGCAGGCUUCAACCUCCAGGGCUGGUGUCCGGGCCACUAGGCUGCCUGAGUUUAAGCUGCCACGAUUUGGAGGCGCUUAUAUGGACUGGCCAGAUUUCUACGCUAUGUACACUACAGUCAUCGGCAACAACGAGGACCUGACCAAUUUGGAAAAAUUCCAGCAUCUACGCUCCUGUUUGGAUGGCCCCGCAUUAGACACAAUUCGCUCGCUGGAGCCAACAGAGGCCAAUUAUGAGAAGGCAGUCGACCUAUUGACUGCUAGGUUUGAUAACAAACUUUUGCAUUUUCAGGGGCACAUACGAUCUAUUUUCAGGCUUUCUAGUGUGGUGAAAGGGUCGGCAAGGAGUUUGCGGCAAUUGAGCGACGGCAUCAACUCUCAUCUGCGAGCCCUUAACACAAUGGCAACCACCCAGGAGAUUGCGGAUGGAAUGCUCAUAUCCCUGGUGUCCUCCAAACUGGAUCAGCAUACCCAGGAGAAGUGGGAAGAGGGAUUGCCUACCAAUAAGCUGCUAAAAUGGACGGAUAUGGCUGCCUUUUUGGAGAAGAGAUGUCGGAUGAUGGAAAACAUUGAAAAUGCUAUGGUAACCCACACACCUAGCAACCAGAAUCGCGCAGAUUCAAGAAAGGACCAAGGAUAUGGCUUGGCAUCAUAUAUCGACCCACUACAACCCGGCUGACAUAUUAUCCAGAGGAUGUACUCCGCUCGAACUUUUGGAUUCGACGCUGUGGCGUGAGGGCCCACCAUUCCUGCGGACAGACGAAGCUUGCUGGCCGCCUCAUACGCCUACUCUAGUAGAUGUGCCUGAACGCCGCCGCCUCGCGCUGGUGCUGACGCAAAGCCAGGAUAUUUCGUAUGGCUGCAAGUUUCAAAAUUGUUUUGGAAAGCUGCAGCGAGUCUUUGGCUACAUACAUCGGUUCCUAAUGCUAAAAGCCAAGGAUGAGCCACGACGGCGAGGACCUCUUACAGUAGACGACAUCAAGGGAGGCACGCAUCUGCUCAUCAAGGGAAUCCAGCUCAUCAACUUUGCUGAGGAGUAU